AUGAAGUUGGACCUCUUCCUUCUGGCGGCAGCCGGCGCGCUCGCCUCGCCUUACCAUGCCAGCCGCGCCCUCCUAUCACCGGUCACGCGAAAUGGGUCGAGCUUGUCAGUCGACGGAGCACCCUGGAAGGCAGUCGGGCCCAACAUCUACUGGCUCGGUCUGGAUGAGAACGUCAUCCCUCCAGCUGGUGCACCCUUUGAUCCAGCGAAUAAUGCCAGUUACCCGACGAAAGAACGAAUCACCGAAGCAAUGGCCACGGUGAAAGCUCUCGGCGGUACUAUGGCUCGCGCGCAUACGUUGGGCGUUAGCACGGGCAACCCGCUGAGUGUCUGGCCGGAUCUCGGUGUUGUGAACGAACAAGCCUUCGACACCAUCGACUGGGCUGUCUACCAGGCCGGCCGCUAUGGAGUACGGCUAUUGAUGCCACUCGUCGACAACUACGACUAUUACCACGGUGGUAAAUACAACUUCUUGCGAUGGGCUGGGUUCAACUUGACGGGAGAUGACAGCACCAAUCCUGAGAUCCAGCAGUUCUACACCAAUGCCACGAUAGUUGCCUCCUUCAAGGACUACAUCGAGACUCUAGUGACACACAGGAAUCAGUACAACAACCUGACCUACGCCGAAGACGCAACCAUAUUCGCCUACGAAACAGGCAAUGAGCUUAACGGGCCCGUUUGGGGCGACGAGGACUGCCCAGCAGCCUGGGUCCAGGAAAUCGCGCAGUUCGUCAAAGGGCUCGCCCCCGACAAGCUCGUCUUCGACGGCACCUACGGCAUAAACGAGACACACCUCGCUAUCGAAGAGGUAGAUGUGUACUCAGACCACUUCUACCCCGUUGACACAACCAAGCUGCAGUCCGAUAUCCAGGCCGUCCAGAGCGCCGACAAGGUCUACUUUGCGGGCGAAUACGACUGGGUGGGCCAAUCCGGCGGCGACACUCUCCAGUCGUUCUACCAGAUCAUCGAGGAGAGUCCCGCCGUGGGCGGAGAUGCGUUCUGGAGUCUGUUCGGCCAUAAUGCACCGGGCUGCAGUACGUUCGUGAACCACAGCGAUGGCUUCACCCUGCAGUACAACAAUCCGAAUAACACAGCCUACACCACCAGCCGCAUAGAGCUCAUCAGACAGCACUUCGUGAAGAUGAGCACGGGUAAGGAGAUCAGUCUCAACGAGACGCUGCCGGUGGUGCCGUGCCCAGCCCCUGUAUUGCGGCGGUGGACGAGCUCGUAUUGA